UCCCAGCACCAGCGUUGCGCAACCAGGCGCGCAUACAGUGUUUCUCCGAGCCGAUGCAAAUUCUGCGGGCUUUCUCGGAAGUCCGUCUGCCGAAGCACAAAACAGGGAGCAGUUCAUCAAAGCGCCUUACUGGAGGAGGUGCAGCCAAUAAGGACUUACGUUGUGCCAAUUGCAACUCCAAAGGGCACUUCGCCAGGGAGUGUCUCAAGCCAAAGAGGGAGCCCGGAUCCUGCUAUGCCUGUGGGGCAUUUGGACACUUCGUCGGACAAUGCCCGGAGCGCAAGAGCGCCAAUAUCAACAAUUAUAAUGCCUCAUAGACACAGGGAGUCCAAUAUCAUUUACAAAGUUAAGCAAUGUAUCCAAGGAAAUUAAUUUAGAAUCCGCUUCAGAAACCUAUUUCGGGCUGAAUAAAAGCCAACUGACAAUACAUGGAAAAAUCUUAUGUUACAUUAUAAAAGAAAAAGUUAAAU